AUGUGGCUUUUGUUGUCUCUCUUCUUUCUUUUCUUAGGCUCCGAGACACCUCCGUCGGUUUCUUCUGAAGAACUCAAUCUCAUGGGUCCGAAUAUUAGAAAAGGAACCCCACAACGAGCGGAGAAGAGAGAGAUUAAUAAACCUAAGACCCCGCCGUCCAAAGCUAAAUCAAAGUCCACCAAGCGUGCUUCCACUCCGCCGAAGAAGACAAACAAGCCGAACGAGAAUGAAGUAGAGCAUUCCUUGCCCAUGAAGGAGCUUUCCAAUACCCAGGUUAAUAAGAUGCUUGAGCAAGCUGCAUUGGGUCAUACAGGGAAGUCCACUCCUUCAAGCAAUACACAAUAUGAUUUUCCGAUUGAGGGCUCACCCUCACGUGGUCAAGCCAAGUCAUCUGCGAUCAUUCGAGCACAAGAAGUCCGAUCAAAACUGGAUCCUCGAUUGCCUAGCUUCGUGAAAUCACUCCUUCGAUCUCAUGUAGCUAGUUGUUUUUGGAUGGGGCUUCCUUCAAUGUUUUGCAAAUCACACUUACCAGAAAAGGAUAUUACGAUGACUCUGGAAGAUGAAGGUGGAAGACAGUUCCAAUCUAAAUACAUUGCAUGCAAAACCGGACUGAGUGCUGGUUGGAGACAGUUUGCUGCUUCACAUAAAUUGCUGGAGGGAGAUGUUCUGGUCUUCCAAUUAGUUGAACCAGCCAAAUUUAAGGUUCACAUAAUAAGAUCAAAUGAUUUUACUGAAGUUGAUGGGGCUCUUGGGCUUCUACAUUUGGAUGCUCAAACAAAACAUAAUGAUGCAGAUAAAGAUAACGCAGAAACAGUUGCAGUGACUCGUAAUGAGUCCAACAGGAAACGCACACAGUCUCCUCCUGAAGUUGUUCAAAAGAAGAAAAAGAUUCACUUGCCCGUUGAACAACACUCUGAAAUUGAUAGUGAGGAAGAUGAUUCAGAAAUUGUGGAAAGUUCCAGGUUACCUGGUACAGCUCUUCAAUUUGAGGACAUCAAAAGUUAUGAGAACUUCAGCAUUCUUGUAAAUGGGUUGGCUGUAGAUUCUGAGUUUCCCGAAGAUAUACGGAGAAAGUACUACAAGCUCUGCUGCAGUCAGAAAGCAUUUCUCCAUGAAAAUGUUAUGAAGGCAACAGAUUAUAAGUUGAUUGUAGGAGCUAUAGCUGAAACCGUACAUAUUGUCGACGCCAUUAAAACUUGCCAGAUUACCACGACUCAAGAUGAUUUUGUGUGUUGGGACAAAUACUUGAGGGCCUUUGAGUUGUUGGGAAUGAAUGUUGGAUUCAUACGUGAGAGGUUAUGCCGGCUUGCAAACCUUGCCUUUGACUCGGAAGAUGCUAUGGAUGCGAAGACAUAUAAAGAAGCUAGAAAAGAACGUGCUCGAGCAGGACUAGGACUAAGAAGUAUUGAGACCAAAAUUAAGGAGUUGAGAGAGGCAUGCCAUGAUUUUAGUUGUGCUAUCGAGAGUCUGAGGUCCAAAGCCGAAGUCUACAAUCACAGGUUCCAGGAUGAGCUGACUGCUCCUUGGUGA